AUGACUGAACCAGAGGAUCUCGAAGAAGAUCUCUUCGCCGAUCUGUAUGAUGCAGAUGAUACGGCAAACCAGGCUACUUCGACAGGCGUCGCUCCAAACCCCUCUGAGCCUGUUCCAUCUACCACUCAUCCCCCGUCCAGUGAGGCGACACCUGCACAGGCCGCAGAAAGCUUACAGACUUCGCAAGCGAAUGACAGCAGUCAGACUCAACCAACCGAAGGGACAAAUGGUGCAGAGUCUACUGAUGCCGGACAGUCCAAGGAUGCGACCGCUCCUGCAGAGCCGGAGCCUCAAGGCACCGGAAUUAAGGAAGAUGGCGUGAGUAUACGACUAUUUACAAGUCACGGAUUCAUGGCUCAGCUUUUGGGUGUUUGGCUCUCGUCUUUUGUGGUGGGAGGGAAUGAUGGCGUUGGCUUUUUGGUGAGCCUUGUUGGGAUCUGGUUAGGCUUCCUGAACGGAGAAGCAUGGCAAAAGAUGGAACACGAAGUUGCGACAAUAGGGAACACCUGCCCUCAUUCCAAGCACCGGGAGGUGGAAUCGCUUCGAGAAAGAUGGAGACCAGACGAUACCGAUAUACACAUUUCAAGAAUUAGCUUAUCUGGAUCCGCUUCCAAAGGAGCAAGCCUAGAGACCGCGACCCUCAGUCGAGAAGAGCAGACAAAAAAAAGAAGCAAAAAAGAAGCAUCAACUCUGUCACAAUUUCAACCUAUCAAUUCAGAAGAAGCUGCGAAGGCAGUGAUUCAUAUCACUCGUGCUUCCUGCCAGUCCUGCAACAACAGCUAUUGUCGUCGCUGGAUUUCAGUCUUAUGCUGUCGGUCCACUUUGAAAAUGUUCAUUGGUGGUCUAAACUGGGAGACUACAGACCAAUCGCUCAGGGAUUAUUUUUCACAAUUUGGAGAGGUCCAAGAAUGUACCGUGAUGCGCGAUAGCGCUACCGGAAGAUCCAGAGGCUUCGGAUUCCUCACAUUCAAAGAUCCAAAGACCGUCAACACAGUGAUGGUCAAAGAACACUACUUGGAUGGAAAGAUUAUCGACCCAAAACGCGCCAUUCCCCGCGACGAGCAAGAGAAAACCAGCAAGAUAUUCGUUGGCGGCGUCAGCCCGGAAGCCACUGAGCAGGAUUUCAAACAGUUUUUUAUGCAGUUUGGCCGUGUUAUCGAUGCAACCCUGAUGAUGGACAAGGAUACCGGGCGCCCCCGAGGAUUCGGAUUUGUGACGUUUGAUAGCGAAGCUGCUGUCGAAGCUACACUUUCCCGACCCUUAGAGAUUUUGGGAAAGCCAAUCGAAGUCAAGAAAGCCCAGCCAAGAAGCAAUAUGCGUGACGAAGAAGACCGAAGAGGCCGCCGUGGAAGGGGAGAUGGCGCUCAUGGAGCUGGCGACAGUGGUCAACAGCAACAAACAACGCAGGGUCAAGCUGGAGUGGCCGGCGGAAUCACGCCCCAGAUGAUGGCUCAAUACUGGCAGCGGAUGCAGCAGUACUUUGCCCUAAUGCAACAACAGAUGGCAAUUGCCGCAGCCAGUCAAGGUCAAGCUAUGGGCGCAAUGGGCAUGGGGAUGAACCCAGCGCUGAUGCAGCAAAUGCAGCAGAUGAAGCAGAUGCAAAUGGGUGGCGGUCAACAGCAGGGGCAGUCCCCGAGUCCUGGUCCGCAAGGUAUGCAAAACAUGAUGAAUCCUGCCAUGAUGCAACAGAUGCAGCAAAUGCAGCAAAUGCAACAAAUGCAGAAUCAAGGAAUGCAGAAUCAAGGUCAAGGAGGUAUGGGAGGACAGAUGGGAGCAGGGAUGGGGAUGGGUGGAAACAUGGGUGGAAACAUGGGCGGGUUCACGGGUUCACGGGGUGGUCCAGGAUAUAAUGCCCAGGAGCAGAUCGCCUUUGAGCAGCAGAAGUAUGAGCAACAGCAAGCUCGCCGAGCGAUGGAGAAUCGAGGAUUCUCGCCUUAUCAGCAAGGUGGCCCAACUUCCUGGGAAGGCAUGUACGAUGAAGUGCCUCAGCCCAACAUCCCCACGGGCCCUCAAGGAAUGGGACGUGGAGGCAUGGGUCGUGGUAUGAAUCAGAAUCAGAACAAGCCAGGAGGUCCUCAACAGAAUAAGGGUUCGACUCCCCAGCCGAGCGGCGCACCCGCAAACGCUCCCACAGGACCGAAGAACGCCGGCAAGCCGGGCGCAAACUACCGAGGCGGAGGCCGUGGAGGAGGACAUCGAGGCUUCCACCCUUACGCUCGAUAA